AUGAAGAGGACAAUUGGCGGCGAUGUGGAUGUAUAUUGGAUUUGUGGAUUCACCCAAUGGUGUAAUAUUGAACGUGUGCUGCUUACUGGUGUUUGUCUCACUUCGGACUCAUCCACUAGUGCCGGCUCUCAUCGUGCUCUCUUAUUCGUGCUAUUCAUUCCAGCACUUCACGACUUCACUAACGCCGAACGCUUCGGUGCCUUAGGACAAAUAGCCUACUUAUCGACAGGUCUGCUGUCACCUCUAUUAUUAGCUUUCAAUUGUGCGAGUAUUUGGACGAUCUGUUACAUCUCAGUAAAACGCCAUAAGGCCAUCCUUCGACCGUUAUCGUCAAUCCAUGCACCAUCUCGGCCGUUCUCUCCACUGUUGGCGAUCGCCGCCGCUGCGCUCAUCUUCAACGGCUCAAAAUGGGCUGAGUUCCGAUGGCUUUGGAUUGAUGUGGAGGUGGACAAUGUGACACGCAUGUUUCUCGCCCAUGAACCUUCAGAUCUCGCCUAUAAUGAGACCUACAGACAAUUA